ACGUUUUAUUUUAUAGAAGUCAAACCAUAGGUUAAAAGUUCCCCAAUCUUCCACUUUUAUUUUAGCAUCACCACGCGGCUUCCAGCUCCUCCCAUUCCAACGGUUGCCGGAAAACCUUUUGAACGGUGGUGUUUACCCUCCUUUCUCUCACAAUCAACUGGGAAUCAUUAACCAUAGCUCUUUAUCUUUCAAUCCCCUCCUUUUGGUCUUAUGGAGAUAUCUUUGUUAAAGGUGCUAUCCAAUGCGAUAUCCUCAUUUUUGCACUUAUCUUUUUCUGGAAAAAUGAAAUUAGAACCUGUAUCAAAGUAUUAUCAAAAGGCAGAGAGGAUUCUUAAAUUCUUGCAGUCAAUUGUUGAUACCACUGUUUUGUCUGAUUUAGCUACUGAUGAAGUGCUUAGUAAGCUAUUCGAGGAACUUGGACUGGCUGUCGAUGAGUUGAGGGAUCUUAUUGAGAACUGGCAUCCAAUAUCUAGCAAAUCUUACUUUGUUAUGCAAGUUGAUUCCUUGAUAUUAAGAAUUCAGGCUUUGGGGCUCAGUAUUUUACAACAGCUGAAGGAAUCACCACAAUGUCUCCCUGAUAAUUUGGGACAUGAAACCUCAUCAGCCAUUAAAGAAGCUAUUAUGGAACAACUGGAAGGUGCAGGACCAAGUUCGGAGGUCCUGGAGAAAAUUGCUGAGGAACUCAGCCUACGGUCUAAUCGAGAGGUUCUGAUUGAGGUUGUAGCCCUUGAAAAAUUGAAGGAGAAUGCUGAACAAAUGGAAAAGACUGCAGAAGUUGAAUAUAUUGAUCAAAUGAUAUCUGUUGUAAAUCAUAUGCAUCAGCGUCUUGUUAUGCUAAAGCAAGCUCAGAGCUCUAUCCCAGUGUUGGUACCUGCUGAUUUUUGCUGUCCUCUCUCUUUGGAGUUGAUGACAGAUCCAGUCAUUGUAGCAUCAGGGCAAACCUAUGAGCGGACUUUCAUAAAAAAAUGGAUUGAUCUUGGGCUUACUGUUUGUCCAAAGACACGUCAGACUCUGGCUCACACCAACCUAAUACCUAAUUACACUGUAAAGGCAUUAAUUGCAAACUGGUGUGAAACAAACAAUGUGAAGCUUGUUGAUCCCAUUAAGUCCACAAACUUAAAUCAACCAUCUCCCUUGCAUGGGUCUGUGGAGUCAGGUUUGACCAAGGAAUUGCCUGUUAUAACUUCUUUUGGUGGAAUCCAACAAGAACAAACAUCAACAUUGCAUCCCCAUUCAACUCCUGAAGGUUCCUUAAAUGGCAUGGUUAAUGGGCAGCAUGUGGGUUUUGAAAGGAUAUCACCCACAGUUUCAGAUGAUGGGUCUGCCAGCUCAGAUGAAGGAAGUGUGGAUUCAGUUGGCCUAUCAUUUUCACCAUCUAGAAGGGAAUCUUCCAACACAUUCAGCUCAGAACAAUCUCAAACCCAUGUUAGAAUUGCCUCUGAUCCCAGUGCACUGUCCAGUGCAAAUUUUACUCAAAGCACACAAGGUGAUAACAAUGAUGCUACUGUGCUGUCAUCCAGUUCAGUCCACAGUCGAGAUCCUUCUGGGGAAUUAAAUUCAGGGCCAGAUGCUGUUGCCAUGUCAACUCAGCGCAAAGAACCUGAGUUUUCACGCCAAUUGGUGGUGCCAAGGUCUCAACGCCAAACUGUAAGGCAACGGUCGUCUGAGUGGUUUGCUCAUAGCAUGGUAUCUAUUCCUUCUAUUGAAACAAGAGCUGAUCUAUCUGCUGCUGAAACCCAGGUUCAGAAAUUAGUAGAACAGUUAAAGAGCAAUUCUCUUGAUACUAAGAGAGAUGCAACAGCAGAACUCCGCCUUCUUGCUAAGUACAAUAUGGAUAAUAGAAUAGUGAUUUCAAAUUUUGGUGCCAUUAGCUUAUUAGUUGAUUUACUUCAAUCAACUGAUAUUGCAAUCCAGGAAAAUUCUGUUACAACACUCCUUAACUUAUCAAUCAAUGAUAACAACAAAAUUACAAUUGCAAAUGCUGGUGCCAUUGAACCUUUGAUUUAUGUCCUUAAGACAGGGAGUCCAGAAGCCAAGGAGAACUCAGCUGCCACACUUUUCAGCUUAUCGGUUAUUGAGGAAAACAAAAUCAAGAUAGGGAGGUCUGGGGCAAUUACACCACUGGUUGAUUUAUUAGGGAAUGGAACUCCUAGGGGGAAGAAAGAUGCUGCUACUGCUUUGUUUAAUUUGUCAAUAUUUCAUGAAAACAAGGAUAGGAUUGUGCAAGCCGGUGCUGUGAAGCAUCUUGUAGAGUUAAUGGACCCUGCAGCUGGAAUGGUUGAUAAGGCAGUGGCUGUUUUAGCAAAUCUUGCCACAAUACCAGAAGGGAAGACAGCAAUUGGUCAGGAAGGUGGGAUUCCUGUUUUGGUUGAGGUCAUUGAGUUGGGUUCUGCGAGAGGAAGAGAGAACGCAGCUGCAGCUCUUUUACAUCUAUGCUCAGAUAAUCACAGAUAUUUAAACAUGGUGCUGCAAGAAGGAGCUGUGCCCCCUUUAGUAGCAUUGUCACAAUCAGGCACCCCAAGGGCCAAAGAAAAGGCCCUGGCCCUCCUUAAUCAAUUUAGAAGCCAAAGACAUGGUAGUGCUGGAAGGGCUUGAUCUCAGAUUCCCAACGUCUUGACCCAUCCAAAGGUUUUGAAUUAACUCUUACAAGACACCGCUGAUUUAUACAUUACAUAGUGCACAUAAUAUGUAUAAAAGGGUAUUUUUUUAUGUUCACUCAUGCUAGUAAUGGGGGAAAACAUGUGAGGAGGAGGAUUGAUUGUCCUUGUGUUAACCCCUCUUUGAUGUGAAGAAAAAUUAUACUUUUAGUCUAACUCUUGUUUAAGAAACAAAAACUUCUGGGUUUUGUUCCUGAGCUAAGGCCAAGCUUUUGUGGACAAAUACUUGUAUUUGGUUUAAUUGGUGAUCUCUUAACUGUCCCUUUCAAUGAGAUAGGGAUGUGGAUAUUGUCUUCAUCUUUGGAUGGUAGAAUAACAAGCAACCAUCUCGUAGCUAUGCAAAGUUGUUGCCAUAUAUUAUUGCACAAUGUUUGAUGGACUUCUUUUCUAGAAGGAAUGGUUGAUACUCUGAUAGAGUUGGGCGUUUGUUUUUUGUGACCAAAUUCUAUAUUCCUUGCAUCUAAUUACAUUCUCUAUUGAGUUUUGG